AUGGCUCUUCAGGAUGUUUGUGGUUUCACAGAGACAUUUGAUGACACCAACUCAUCCAGUUACCAACCAAAUGAGAUGGGAUACAUGUGGAGGACACCGUUCGAGUUUGACAGAGAGAGUUCUUUUAAUUUUCACCUUCCAGCUCAGCAGAGCUGCAGAAAAAACACAGCAUCAACUCUUUUCUCUUCAACUCUUUCACCUCACGAGCAACCAUUUCAUUUGUCACAUGGGACCACCACUUUGGGUUUUAUAUUCCAGGAUGGUGUAAUAGCUGCUGCGGACACUCGCGCCAGCUGUAAAGGUCUAGUUUGCUGCCCGAUAACUCAUAAGAUUAUGCCUAUCCACUCUCACCUGGUGGUGAACACCUCAGGUAGCGGUGCUGAUUGUAUGCUGUGGGAACGGAUUCUCACACGUGAGAUGAGGCUUUACCAGCUUCGCCAUCGAACGAGACUCAGCAUAAAUGGAGCCGCAAAGCUGCUCUCCACUAUGCUUCAUCCAUUCAAAGGGACUAAUGUCUGUGUUGCAGCUACUCUUUGUGGAUGGGAUGGAGAAGAAUCUCAGAUACAAUGGAAAACAAGCAUGGGAACUGUAAAUGUUAAUGAAUCAAUGGCUCAGGAUUCCACUCUGUCUGCAAUUUCUGAUGAAUCUGCUCUAGGUAGUGAAAAAAGAGCUUCAAUAAGUGAGCAGGAGGAGAUCCUGAAGGACGUGCCAGAUCAACAGAAUCGCUCUACUUUUGGAGGACGGUUUGGUCCCAGGGUAUGCUAUGUUUGCAGUGACGGCUUGCAACUGAACGGAGAGAUAAUAUCAGUGGGUUCAGGGUCACCCUAUGCAUACGCCGUGCUUGAUGACGGAUGGAGAUGGGGAAUGACUGUAGAUGAGGCAGUGGGACUGGCCCGGGAGGCUGUUUUCAGAGCCACUCACUGGGAUGCCUACUCUGGGAAUAAUGUAGACCUUUUCUAUAUCACUGCCCGUGGCUGGAGACGCAGAGAGAGAGAGGAUCUAAAGGAGGAGUACUACAGAGAAAGGGAGAGAGAGAGGGAGAAGAUCAAGGAGAGGGAGGAAGAGAGACAGAAGAGAGAGCUGGUUGAAGGGGAUGAUGAUGAUGUAUAUUCAGUACAAUGCGGAUAG